GGUCAGCGGCUGAAGGCGUCUCUGGUUCCGGCGAGCGCCCGCCUGCUUUGCUCCGAGGCUUGCUAAACUGCCGCUCUUCAUUGGGUAUGCCUCUCCAGCCUCUCCAUAAAGCCAGCCUGCGUGCCUGAAUCCGCGGUCAUUCUGCGCUCCUUCCACCCGCCCUCGCCAGCGGACCGGAUCGUGCGGCUUGGCCAUAGCAUCGUUCCCCCCAUUUCGAGGUUCCAUCUUAGGGUAAAUGACAUUGCAGCUGGAUCCGGAUCAAAUAAUCAAGAGACCUGCCAGCCGAUCAGUGCUCAGCUCCUGAGUGACAAUUGGCUGCCUUGACCUGUCCUCCUCCUCUUUCUUCGAAGAGUAUCUUCAUCCUGAACAAUGCUGUCCCUGGACCAGAUCCAUACUGAACCACCCCAAACACCCAAGGAGUUGGAUUGGGCAGAACAGAGCUUUCUUCCGCCCCUGAGUCCAUUGUGCAGUGCCUGGCACCGGGAUACAUUCCAGGACAGCAAAAUUAGCCCUGAGGAUGCCCAAGCGAGGGCCUGGGCAGCCUAUUACUAUGACUCGUUGCAGUGCAGCUUACAGCAGGAAGGUCUCCCAGAAACCAUCGAUCUCACCAAGAAGCCCCGGUCAGGAUUUGGGCCAUCAGAUAUAACCAUCUGUGUCUUGGGUUCCCCUGCUUCAUACCUGUCAGUGCUUCUGGAAGGUGGCAACCAGUGCCCUGGUAACAUGCUGCUGUGCUUGUCACCAGCCUGGCUCUCCAAGGUUCCAUCAGAAACCCACCCUGGAGAGUCAUCCUUAUUUGUACUGAAGGCUGUGACAUUUGAGCUUGGUGGUCGCACAGUGCUGGAAGAAUUUCCUUCCCCACGUCGGGUCAGCUACUUCACAGGGAGCUUUGGACCCUGCAAGAUGCAGGGCCAGUCAGCAGCAGAACUGGCCCGAGAUCUUGACUGCCCCACGGGAGGUUCGGGAGAGUUGACUCGCCUGCUAGAGGACAAGUUGCUGACCCGGCAGCUCAUGGAUCAGAAGGGAGAAGUAGCUGUGCCCCCCACCCUGGCCUUCACCUUCAAGCGCCCAUUGCUCCUACACAACGUGACAGAAGAGCAGCGCAUCCACGUGGUUGAACUGAGUGGCCGGGAAGGACAAGACAACCUUCUGCCGGAGGAAAUUACAGCCUUCUUGAAAGGUGGUGCAAUGGAGUCCUACAAGCAGGUAGUGGUGAAGCCCUCAGGCUGGCGCUGCAAUGGAACCCAAGCUGUAUCAUUUCAUGACAAGUCAGAACAUGGAAGUGUCCUGCAGGCUGUCCUUACUCUGCUGGAGACUCUAGAGGAAGAGGAGAGCAUUUUGCUGGAGCCUUUCAUUCCUACUGCUCACAUCAUCCAGUCUGGGCCUUUGGAUACAAACAACUCCCCAGUUCCAGGCAGCAUAUCUCUGCAGCCCAAUCUGGCAAUCCGAAUAUGUGCUGUUGUUUGCAGAUCCCGAAAAGACCAGCCUCUGCUAAGCAAGGUAAUAUGUGGUGUAGGUCCGGCAAAUAAGCCCCUGAAGCACCAGACCACAGUGCCUCAGACUCUGGAAAGCAGCCUACGGCACUGGGGACUAAAAGAUGAGGUCCAGAUUGCUGCAAUCCAUGCCCAGAUUAAGCAGAAAGCGGAGGCAGCCAUGAAGGCCUUCAUGGAUAUGGAGACUAGUCUAUCAGCUGAGCAGAAAGGUAGUCGCCAAGCACAAACUGACAUUAUUGGGGUGGAUUUUCUUCUGAGCUCAGAGGACCAGGUGUUGCAAUUGGUAGCCCUGGAGAUGAACUCACAGCUGUGCCUGGAGGCUUGCUCAGUCCUUGAAUCCAUGGGCCGGAUGGUGGGGGCCCCAGGAGGCGAGACAGCAUGGGCCUUGGUGGAGACAAUGCUGCAUCGUGCACAGUGCCACCUGAUGGAGGGCAAACAUGUGCUGGUGAUUGGGGCCGGCGGAUUCAGCAAAAAGUUCGUCUGGGAGGCAGCCAGGGACUACGGGCUAAAAAUCCAUCUGGUGGAGACCGAUCCCAACCAUUUUGCCUCCCAACUGGUGCACACCUUCAUCCACUAUGACACCACAGACCACAGGAGGGAUGAGGAGCAUGCCCAGGCCCUGCUGGGGCUUAUUCAGGAGAGGGGCCUGCAUCUGGAUGGCUGCCUGUCCUACUGGGAUGACUGUAUGGUCCUGACUGCGCUGGUAUGUGAAGGGCUGGGCCUGCGCUGCAGCUCCUCAACUGCCAUGCGAGUGGCCAAGCAGAAGAGCCGCACUCACCAGCACUUGCUGCGGCGGUGCAAGGAGGGGUCCCGCUGGUCCUCUGCAGCACUCUAUGCUGUGCCAUGCUGUCACCUGGAGAGCCAUGCUGAUGUGGAGCAAGCUGCUGGCCACAUUAAUUUCCCAGGUGUCAUGAAGCUCGAGUAUGGGGCUGGGGCAGUAGGGGUAAAGCUGGUGGAAGACGCCCAGCAGUGUCAUCUGCACUUUGACAAGAUCUCACAGGAUCUGCAGGAUGACUCUGAUUAUUUAGGCAUUGGGCUGGGUUGGGGCAAUACCAUGCUAUUGAUGGAGUAUGUCUCAGGCACUGAGCAUGAUGUGGAUCUGGUGAUAUAUGAGGGGCGGAUGUUGGGGGCAUUCGUGUCUGACAAUGGGCCCACCCGGGUGCCCAACUUUACAGAGACAGCAGCCUGCAUGCCCACCUGCCUGCCCCCGGAUUGUGAGGCACAACUUAUCCAUGCUGCCUAUCAGUGCUGCUUAGGUUGUGGACUCACUGAUGGCGUCUUCAAUGUGGAGCUCAAGUUGACAGCUGCAGGCCCCAAGCUGAUUGAAAUCAAUCCUCGCAUGGGUGGCUUCUACCUCCGCGACUGGAUUCAGGAGAUCUAUGGAGUAGACAUUAUGCUAGCCUCUGUCAUGGUUGCCUGUGGAGUGACCCCAAUCUUGCCCACUCGUUCUCGUCCCCGUACAAACCUAGUGGGAGUGAUGUGCUUAGUGUCACAGCAUCUGCAGGCCCUCAAAUCCACAGCUAGCCUUGAGACGCUCCAGGCCCUACAUGAGCGUGGUGUCAUCCGACUCAAUCUGCUUGAAGAUGAGAUUGUGUCUAAAGAAUAUGAGGAGCCUUAUUGCAAUGUGGCUUGUGCCAGUUCUAGUCGCCAUGAGGCCUGCCUCAAGCUACUAGGCAUCUGCCAGGUGCUGGGCAUUGACUCACUGCAUUACCCUGUUGCUCACUUCCUCUCUCACUUCAAAUAGCCUUGGAGAUACAGCUCCCUCAGGUUGGAGCUGAACUUGCAUGUGCAAGAGAGAAAGAGACUUGAUUAUUCCUUCUAAGUUAUCCCCCCCAGUUAUCCCUAAGUGAUCACCACUGGGGUUUCCAUUAUACAAACUUCCUAUUUACUAAGUCUUUUUGGAGCCAUCUCUGGGAAGUGCUCACACCUUGAAAGGGCUCACUUCUUUUGUGAAAGGAUUCUAAUAAUAACAACUAUGAAAUCCUUCCCUUCUUCUGCCCUCUUUGUGAGGCCAUUUUCUUCUCUUUUAUUUGUACUUCUGAUUAAUCCCCUAAGACCCAGCCCCUGCUUUCUAAAUUACUCAUGCCCCAGACCAUAGACAGAGUGAAGUUCCAGGCUCUUCACUUUCUUCCCCUGAAAAAAGGGGAAGCUUCUUUGAGAUAGCCCUGGAGAGAACCUAUCUCAUGCUUCCAGGAUCAAUGGAAGAGAAAGCUUGGGUCAGAUCUUUUACAGUCUGUAUCAGCCAAUAUUUAGCCAGCAAUGUGCUACAAUAAAUUAGCAAGUGCUGUUUCUGAAAGCACUUGUUUUUCUGAAAGGAACCUUUGUAUGCAGACUCCAUCCGUAUACAGGUGAGCAUCUAAAUACCCAAACCAACCUACCAUAACAAAAGGACCAUAUGCAAACAUACAAUAACAGAUGUUUAGUGGUCAUAUGUAAGACACUCAACAAGAUCUGCUGGCUCCACACUUGCAAACCUUCAAUUAAUAUUCUAGUCCCUUCUGAUCCCUUUUAGAAGCUAAAGAACAACUCUGUGUUCAUCAAACAACCAUAAAAUAAUAGAGGGCAUCAGAACUAUGCUGUGGUGAGCCUUCAUAUUCAUAAUUGCUGCUGGGAAAAGCCACUAUAUAUAUUCCCUGUGCUUGUAAGAGAAACAGCUGUAGACAUCUCCUUACCUCUGUAAUGUGCCAAGGGCCUCACAAAAGGAUAUUACUAUAACAACAUUUCGAAGCACAUGACAACAGCCCAUUAUUAUAACAUUUCCCGGUGAAUGAUUGCACUACUAACUGCAGAUGAUCAGCCUUCCAGUGGAACUCCAAUGGCCUUAAGGGCCUACAGUACUGAGUAGCCAUAAUGCCAGCAUUCCAGAGUUUCUGCAGUAACAAGCCAUGAUCUUACCACCGCUCUGAAUUGUGAAGCAGCUACGCUUUGUUCAUAGUCCAGACAUCCCCAAAUACAUAACGUUCCUUCAGCACCAGCUUCCUUAAGCAUGCUUAUAACCAGCAUAAAGAGCAAUGUGAAAAUAGAGUGUAAAUUCGUACAGCUGAAGAGCUUCUCUGUCUUUUUCAUGGUUUCCUCCCACUUUCAUGACUAAUGGAAAAGCAAUUGGCAGAUGUGGCAGCUGAACUGCCUGAGAGAAUAUUCAGAGCCUGUGAGAUUUAAAAUAACAAACACCUUGAUCCCAUUUGGAUUAAGGAAUUGGGAACUGGGAGCUUUAAGGUAGUCACAGUUGGUUAUCAGUAGGAGCAUUAGAUAAACAUGUCCCCUUAACUGGUUGGUGACCCUGCCUGCCUAUUUCUCCAUAACUUCUGUAAUCAAGCAGGUAUAAUAGUUUUUUCCCCAAUAAAAUGCCAUGCAAAAAUA